GGAAAGCUGACGAGAGGCACUUCCAAGGAUGGCGUGGGAGGGGUCGAUGCCAAGCCCUCCUGCGCUGGGGCUCCUGCCCAGCCCAGGCCCUUUCCGCUCCGGAGAGGCAGGGGUGGGGAAACUAACCAGAAAGGUUAGUGCUUCUUCCUGUCCCCUGGAAAGGCAGAAUUGGGAAGUUUGAGCCUGCACGGAGACCAGAACUCACCUCUUUGCGCCUUCCCAGAGAGAGCUGACCGUGAGGAUCCCUCUCAGAGAUUAGUCUCCACUCGGAGACAGCGCUCCUGCAGCGCCAGGGCGGAGCUGACUGAGCUCCAGAUGUCCGGGCGCACACAGCUGUGGGGUCACGUGGCAGCGGCCCCGGCCCCCCUUCCUGCCAACGUUGCAUUUGGCCCAGGCCCCGUCCAUGGCCGCCCUUGGGACCCUGCGCUGAGCCCCGGAGGCCCCGGCAUCCGGGGCCACGCCGCUCCCAAGGGCCGAACGUGUAUCAGGAUCCCAAGGACCGCCGUGGGGCCGCGGGCGCCUGCCAGGCGGACAUGAGGCGGAGGCUGCGCCUACGCGGAGAAGCGUCGCUCACGCUGCUCCUCGGCGCCGCCCUCGGCCUCCUGCUCUAUGCGCAGCGCGAUGGCGCGGCCCCGACGACGAGCGCGCCGGGAGCUCAAGGGAGGGCGGCGCCGGGGCCCACCCCGGGGCUCCGUGUAUUUCAGGCGCCGGACGCAGGCGCAGCCCCGCCGGCCUACGAAGAGGAUACGCCGGAGCCGCCCACGCCCACGGGACCCUUUGACUUCGGCCGCUAUCUGCGAGCCAAGGACCAGCGGCGCUUCCCUCUCCUCAUUAACCAGCCGCACAAGUGCCGAGGAAAUGGCGCACCCCCCGGCGGACCCGACCUGCUCAUCGCCGUCAAGUCGGUGGCUGCGGACUUCGAGCGGCGCCAAGCCGUGCGCCAGACGUGGGGUGCUGAGGGUCGCGUGCAGGGGGCGCUAGUGCGCCGGGUGUUUUUGCUGGGCGUGCCCCGGGGCGCGGGCACAGACGGGGCAGACGCGGAGGGGGCGGGCACUCGAACGCACUGGAGCGCCCUGCUGCGUGCUGAGAGCCGUGCGUACGCGGACAUCCUGCUCUGGGCCUUCGACGACACUUUCUUCAACCUAACGCUCAAGGAGAUCCAUUUUCUGGCCUGGGCCUCCGCCUACUGCCCCGACGUGCGCUUCGUUUUUAAGGGCGACGCCGACGUGUUUGUGCACGUGGGAAACCUGCUGGAGUUCCUGGCGCCAAGGGACCCGGAGCAGGACCUGCUUGCAGGUGACGUGAUAGUGCAGGCGCGGCCAAUCCGCGUGCGGGCCAGCAAGUACUACAUCCCUGAGGCUGUCUACGGCCUGCCCGCCUACCCGGCCUACGCAGGCGGCGGCGGCUUCGUGCUCUCGGGGGCCACGCUGCGCCGCCUGGCCGGUGCCUGCUCGCAGGUUGAGCUUUUCCCCAUUGACGACGUCUUUUUGGGCAUGUGUCUACAGCGCCUGCGUCUCACGCCUGAGCCUCACCCUGCUUUCCGCACCUUUGGCAUCCCUCGACCUUCAGCCGCUCCGCACCUCCGCACCUUCGACCCCUGCUUUUACCGCGAGCUGGUUGUAGUGCACGGGCUCUCUGCUGCUGACAUAUGGCUUAUGUGGCACUUGCUGCACCGGCCAGCCUGUGCGCGUCCAUGGCCUGUCGCUGCGGGUCCCUUCCAGUGGGGCCCCUAGCCACCUGUCACAGCUCCAAGCCCCCCUCAUUCAGACCCAGGAUGUAAGUGGGAGGUAGCUUGAAGAGUAGGUUUCCCAGGCGGAUUAGUGCUGUGUAUGUCGUUCUUCCCCAGAAAGGGGCAUCCAGGUGUCUGCCUCCAGAAGGUCCCAGGGAGUGAAGAUUGAGCUUGGUUCCUGCUGACCCACCCUAUUGGGAGGUGAUCUGGAGCAAAUCUAAUGGUGGCCCUUUGAGACAGCCAGGGCUGAGGUGGUGGUGAACCAGGCUCUUUGCCAAGCAGGUGAACGUGCUUGGUCCUCCUAGUAGGGACGUGGGUGGGGGUGGGGGUGGCAGAGGCUCAUGGAAUCUGACCAUACUUCUUAGUUUGGAACCCCUAGAGUGAUGCCAACAAAUGCAGAUCUUUCUCAAGGCUGGACCCCACAGGGAUGGGUAGGGGCCUAGCCUCAGUCCUCACGGAACCGGCAGAUUCUGCCACAACUCAAUCUGAAAGUAGGUGUUUUGCUUCCUAUUUGCCCCUUCAAACUGCAUUCUUAGCCACGUCUAGGUCUUUAGAUCUGCUUUCCUGGGGCCAACGCCUCCUGAGCCCUGGACUAGCUGGAACAUUAGGGAUGGAGGCACACAGGGACUGAGCGCAUUGUCCUACCUAGUCUUCCCCCACGUCCAGCUACCCACCUACACCCACACAACUGUGCCGUUCUCCCACUGGAGCCUAUGCUGCCCCCUUCAGAGGAGCCAAGGAACCUUUUUCUAAGAUAACUCCUCCAGCUGUAAAUUUCCCCAUAUUCUUCAACCACCCCCUUUCUCAAAAAAAUCAAUGCCUACACGCUCAUUUUAGUAUAAACAUCCCAGCAACAGCACAUGGGGAGCUGUCGCGGAGGGCAUAGGUCUUUAUUGGAGGAGGGGUAUGGGCAGGGCAUGAGGAAGGUUCCCCCAUGCUAGGAGGAUGGGAACAGUCCUGGCUGCCCCACAGUGGGAUGUGUGAGGGUCUCUGGCCAGGCCACAGUCCACAUGGGAAGACACCAAUCAGUAACAAAGUCAUGGGAACGCCACACAAGCCUGGCUGUAGGCCCAGGCACCACACAGGCGCCCGGGGCAGGUCCCCUGCACAUUCAUUGUUAAACUAUACAGGAUGAGGCUGUACAUGAGUUAAUUACAAAAGAGUCAUAUUUACAAAAAUCUGUACACACAUUUGAAAAACUCACAAAAUUGUCAUCUAUGUAUCACAAGUUGCUAGACCAAAAUAUUAAAA